AUGACAAGCAGCCAUUGUACACAGAGCAUCAUGGACCACGUCUUUUCCAUCUGUGGCUCGCACUCAGAUGAACUUAGUAGUGCAAAAGAAGCCACCACAAUAUUCCACUCUAUCGUGUCAAGCACUCUCCCACCGCAGGAGAAAUCCCCUUCUAGACUCUGGCAAGAUGCUGUGGCAGUCGUCGUCGCUGGCACACUAACCACGUCAACUGUUCUGAGCGUAACGACCUUUCAUCUCCUCAGGCAACCCGCUACGUUGAGAAAGCUGAAAGAAGAACUCGCAUCCGUAGUUGCGGAUCCCAAAAAUCUCCCCCCUAGUGCCACAUUAGAAAAGUUGCCAUAUCUUACUGCUGUGGUAAAGGAAGGCCUGAGACUUGCCAACGGCGUGGCGACCCGACUUCCUAGAAUUCCGGUAGACGAAACUUUGAUAUACUCUGUGAAGGAGGAAAAGGGGCGAGGUUGGGCUGCGCGGGAGCACAAGCUGCGACCCGGAACGCCAAUUUCAAUGACUGCAAUGUUGAUACACAGCUCGGCCAAGUACUUUGAUGAUCCUACGGUGUUCCGACCAGAACGCUGGAUCGAGGAUACGAGCGGGCGACUGGAUAAGUAUCUUGUGCCGUUUUCCCGGGGCACGAGACAGUGUGUUGGGCUUAACCUUGCUCAUUCUGAACUUUACCUUGCUCUUGCAAAGGUUUUUAGUCAGUUUGGUAGUCGUGAGGCAUGCAUUUCUAGUGAUAAAGCUUGUUUGGAGCUGUUUGAAACGGAUUUUGAUGACUUGAAGAUUGUGGGUGAUGGGGGUGCGCCGAUGUAUCGGGUUGGAUCGAAGGGAAUUAGGGUUAAAGUUAUACCCAACUGCCUGUAG